AUGGCUUCUGGCCUUCAAUCUCUUCUCGAGCAGCGAGUUUGUGUGCUGACGUUUGACGGCCGCCUGUUCAUGGGUACUUUAAUAGCCUUUGAUCAGUCCACAAACCUCGUCUUGAACAAGUGCACGGAAAAGGUGGUCCACGAGGACGCACCAGUAGAGAUCGUGCCCCUGGGGUUGUAUCUUCUAAGAGGAGAUAAUAUCGCUGUUGUGGGUCAAGUAGACGAAGAUGUUGAAAAGUCUAUUGAUGCCUCGGGUGUCCGUGCACCUCCUCUGAAACCAGUAAGCACGCAAGCUCUUCUGUCGAACGCUCACUAA